AUGUUAUGCCAUAGCAACCAGUUACAGUGGUCGAAAGCUGGCAAGAACGUAAAGUCAGUUGUCAUAUGGGAUUAUAUGAAAUGUGUCGUGGUUGGGACUCUGGCAGGGAUCAUCGGCAGGAGUGGUGUAAAACAUCAGACGCGACAAACCUCUCCUCUUAAGGCAGCGGCCCGUGCCCUCGCAGCUCCAAUGCUGCCUCCUUUCAGAAGCUGGAUGCCUCAGGUUCUGCGAGCUCCAAUGUCUUCUAGCAACAGCCUGGAAAUCCGCGAUGAACGGCAGGAUUCGCGGAUCCGGCUUGAUCUGCGAACAUUCCCGAGCUUCAUCAGCUUCAAGGCAUUUCCAGAAGAAUAUGGACGUCGCGCCAGAAGAUUCAUGCUUGCGUGCUUGAAUAUUGGAAAAUGA